CUUUCUCAAGCUAAUAAAUAUAAAACCAUAUUUCUCAGCUCAAAUAUAUUGUAUAAUAUUGGAAUUAUAAGAAAUUAAUCAUAGAUCAGAAUAAAUUUUAUCAAAUAAAAAAAGACAGACAGACAGACAAAUGUUUUUAUUUAUUAAAAUCUUAAAAGCAUUACAAUAAAAGGCAAUAAUAUUUUGUACCUAUUUUAUAAAAUUUAAAUUUACUAUUUAUGGUUUAUAGUUAAUCUAUUUCUAACCUAAAUGUUACAAUUGUUGCUAACAUUUUAUAUAAUCAGUUUUAUCUAUUAUAAAUAAUAUACUUAAACUAAUGUGGAGAUAAGAUUUUAUAAGAAUAUGCUUUUAAAUUUUUAUUUGCUACGUUAUGUCAUAAAGAUAUAUAAUAAUAUGAUAGACCUGGCGCAAACGUCGUAAGUUUGAAACCAGGGGGGUAUUUUGAAAAAAAUAAUUUCAAAGAAUAAUCAUUAAAAAAUUUCAUUUUGAGUGGGGUCUAAAAAAGGUUAGAGCCUAACUUUUUGAAAAACAUAGGUUUUUAAAAUUUUUAUUUAAUAAACAUAAUUAUAUUAGAAUAACUAGAUUAAAAAGUAAAAGAGUUUAUACAAAAAUUAUAAAUAGAGAUAAACCAAAAAAAAAUUAUAAUCAAAAAAAAAAUCACUUUUAAAAAAAUGUUAAAACAAAGAAAUAAAAAAUAGUUUUUUCUUUUAGAAUUUGGGAAGCAAAAUUAAACAUAAUUAAUUAUGACAACCAUAUUUCUACUUCCAACUAGUAUUUUGCUGAUAUCGACUAUUAUUUCAUUAUUCUAUUUUUAGCAAAUAAGUUUAGGUAUGAUUGAUGACUUUGCAGAAAAUUUGUAUCAAGAUUAAAUAUCUAACUCUAAAAUCCUUAACACGGUUGUUGUCCAAUAAAUAAAUGGGUAAGUACAAAAGAUAGCUUGGCAUUUUAACAUGAUGAAUUAGUUCUAUGGAAAAUUACUAUUAAAUUCAGUUUAAAAAAAUAAUAAUUUUAUUGCUACAGUGUAAAAUUAAUAACUAACAUACGAUGGUAAAGGAAAUGCGGAAGUGCUUAAAAUAUUUAAUAAGAAUCAGCUUUUAACAAGUACAUGGAUUUAACCGAAUUAUGGCAAUUUAUAACAAUUAAAUGAAACAUCGCUGCAAUAAAUCUUUUAAACUAGUCAUGUGGAUUUUAUAUGGAAAUCAAUCAAGUAUGAUGAUAAUAUAGAAAAUUUUAGAUGGAUGCAAAUUUAAACUAUGUACUAUGGAUUUGUAUCUGAUGGCAUGCUUUUUGGUAUGGGUAGUAAAGGUAACUAUAAAAGCUAUAUUAUACCUCCUGGGUGUCCUUAUAAUGAUCAACCAUAUUUAUUUGAUUUAAGAUGCAGAUUUUACUAUUAACCAACAAUUAAAAAUAUUUCGAUUUCUGUAUUUCCUCCUGCGUUAAAUAUCAAUUAUGGAACUUAUUAUUUCGCUACCAAUAUUUGCCAAAGAAUAAAAAAAUAUUCCAGUUAAAAUGCUGAUUCAGAGAAUACUGUGUAUGCGAUACUGUGCUCAACAUUAAAUUUGAAGUCUAUAUCUACCUACUUUAUCAACUUUAGUAAAAAUUCUGUCUACUAGAGGCUUUUAGAUCCAAGAUAACUAUCACUUGUCUAUGAUUCAAAUAUGCAGAUAAAAUCAGUUACUUAAAUUUAAGAUAUUGAAACUAAAUAUCUCCAAGAUUAGUUCCAGGCUUAAAAUUAUUUAGGAGAAAUAAAUGCUCACUCAAAAUUUGUUCUUUAAGAAACUGAUACAAUAAAUUUAUCAAAUCCUUAUUCAAGUAGUCAAAGUACUUUCGAAUACAAUAGAAAUGGCACAGAGUGUUUUGUUAUUCUGAAUUCAGUAAUAAUGAUUGAUAAGGUACCUAAAUAAGAAACUCUCAAAACUGUUAACCCCGCUAAAAAGUACUAAAUAAAAAAUAUUUACUUGUUUAUGGACGUGCUCUCAAAAAAAACUAUGUUAGUUUAUGCAUAAAAUCUUUAGGAUACAAUCAUUUUCUACAAUAAAAUAUUUUUAUACAUUAGUUGGGGUUUAGUACUCAUCAUGCUUUUUGUUUUGGUAAUCUACUCAAUAUUAAUUGGAUUUAGCAUAUUUCAACCAGUUAUUCAUCUGAAAAACAUUCUUGAUCAAAUUAAAGUUUAAAACUAAAAAGAAAAGUUAAAGUAACCUCUUUCAGCUUUACAAUAAUAUGCUUUCCAUUUCUUAUUCCUUUUUACUAGAAAAUCAAAUUCAAAAGAAUUAGCUAAAUGAAUACUUGAAAGAAUAUUAUCCAAAUUAAUUUUUCUAAUGUUUGUUUGAUUAAAAGUUAACUAACUUGCAUUAGAUAAUAAAUUAAU